CGAGCGCGUCAACCCGGCCGUGGCCAUCUUCUUCAUGUUCGCCAUCGUGUGGAUCGGAUAUGCCUUCGCCGCCCUCGCGCGCCAGGUGCUGCUGUACGACCCCAUGUUCAUCUGGCCGCAGGCCCUCAUGCAGACCACCCUGUUCGAGACCUUCCGCAAGCAGGACGUCUCCUCGCCGCUCGCGCGUCGCCAGAUGAAGGUCUUCUUCUUCUGCCUCAUCGGCAUGACGCUGUGGCAGUUCAUGCCCGAGUACGUCUUCCCCUUCACCUCCUCCCUGGCCUUCCUGUGCUGGGUCGCGCCGCACAACGCGGUGGCCAACUUCAUCGGCUCCGGCAUCGGCGGCAUGGGCUUCCUCAAUCUGUCGCUCGACUGGUCCAACAUCAACUGGAACGGCUCCUCCAUCCUCCUGACCCCGUGGUGGACGCAGGUCGUCCUGUUCCUGGCCUUCGUCUUCAACUGUUGGGUGCUGAUCCCCGCCGCCAAAUGGGGCAACCUGGGCUCCUACAAGUUCGGCCUCAUGUCCAACUCGCUGCUGACGGUCAACGGCACCACCUACCCGACGACCGACGUCCUCACCUCCGACUACAAGCUGAACCAGACCGCCUACGAGGAGUACGGCCCCAUGUACAUGGGCCUGCAGAACGUCUGGGCGACCUUCUUCGACUAUGCCAAGGUGACCGCGGCCGUGACCUGGAUCCUGACCUUCGGGUUCACCCAGAUCCGCACCAACUUCACGAAGCUCGUCCGGUCCCGGCGCAAGGGCGCGCAGACCUCGCAGACGGCCGGGCAGAGCAUCAACCACCAGUACCACGAUCGCCUCAAUGUGAUCCAGCGCACCUACAAGGAGAUCCCGCUGUGGUGGUUCGUGGCCCUGUUCAUGGCCGGCUUCAUCGCGCUGGUGGUGAUCAUCGCCUGCGGCUACCUGUGGAUCCCCAUCUGGACGCUGUUCGUGGCGCUGGCCAGUUCGGCCGCCCUGGUGGUGCCCUUCGGCUUCCUGUACGCCAUCUCCAACUACCAGCUGGCCGUCGGCUCCUUCAACGAGCUGGUGUACGGCUACAUGAUCGAGACCCCCGCCGGCAACGGCCACCACCACCCCUGCGGCCCGUCGGUGUACGGGUCCAUCGCCGGCGACGCCUGGUACCGCGCGCAGUACAUGCUGCAGGACCAGAAGAUCGGCCACUACAUGCACAUCCCGCCGCGCACCGUCUUCUUCUCGCAGGUGUUCGGCACCAUCCUGGGCAUCCCGGUCAACUAUGCCGUCAUCCGCUGGGUGCUCAGCACCAAGGGCGACUACCUGUCGGGCAAGAAGACCGACCCCCUCGGGCAGUGGUCCGGGCAGUCGAUCAAGUCGUCCAACACGCUGGGCGUGCAGUACGCGGUGCUGGGCCCCAGCCGGCUGUUCAAGGAGGCGGAGAUGAAGCCGCUGCCCUGGGCGUUCCUGGUGGGCGCCGUGCUGCCGCCGAUGCUGUACGUGGCGCACCGCACGCUGCCGCGCUGGCUGCGCAUCGACCUGUGGAACGUCACCAUCUUCUUCUCGGGACUGUCGGUCUUCUACGGUAACCUGAGCACGGGCUACACCUCGGCCUUCAUCGGCGGCUAUGUCGUCAUGUACUGGGCCUACCGCUACCGCUUCGAGGUCUGGAAACGCUACAGCUACAUGGUCGCGGCGGCCUUCGACGCGGGCUUCAACCUGAACAUGCUGCUGAUUUUCCUGUGCUUUGGGUCCGGCAAGGCCAUCUCGAUGCCCAAUUGGUGGGGGAACAACGCCGACUCGGUGGAGCGGUGCUUUUCCCUGGACUAGACACCCCCUGCUGAUGAUGAUACCCAUCCCGGGCGGCAUCGAUCGAUCGAUCGCUCCCAGCGUGUAAUACCGACUAAUCUGCGGCCCUGUUCCUGUACAUUAUGAGCCGUCGCACGGGCGUCGACGCGUCUCCGCGGCGACGGACCGGGUCUGGCCAGAGCCAUCCCUCGCGGGCGCGCGUCGAGACUUCUGCCGUUCCAUCUCCCCGGGUCUUUUAUGAGAGACGAAAUGCA